UAGAGACUGUAGCCGUGGAGACUGUUACUUACCAACGCGGAGCGACACGCAGCGGCCGACGCCGCGGGAGCCGCUACCCGAACUCCCUGCCGAACUCCAGAUCCCAGCAUGCAGAACUCCGAGGGAGGAGCAGAUUCACCAGCGUCAGUGGCUCUGCAUCCUGCAGCCCAGCCUGUGCCAGCCUCCCCACAGAGUGUGCUAGUCCAAGCCGCAAGCUCCACUCCCAAGGGUACCCCGAUGCAGACGCUCACCCUCCCUAGAGUCCAGCCAGUGCCAGCACAGGUGCAGCACGUGUACCCCGCACAGGUGCAGUACGUGGAGGGUGGGGACGCUGUCUACGCCAAUGGAGCCAUCCGAGCUGCCUAUGCCUACAACCCGGACCCGCAGCUCUACGCCCCCAGCAGCGCAGCGUCGUACUUUGAGACUCCAGGUGGCGCUCAGGUGACUGUGGCAGCCUCAUCCCCGCCAGCGGUUCCCUCCCACGGCAUGGUGGGCAUCACCAUGGAUGUCUCGGGGACCCCCAUUGUGUCUGGCGCAGGAGCCUACCUCAUCCACGGGGGCAUGGACGGCACAAGACACUCCCUGGCCCACACUGCCCGCUCCUCACCUGCCACGCUUGAAAUGGCGAUUGAGACUCUCCAAAAAAGCGAAGGCCUCGCCCCCCACAAAGGCGGCCUGCUCAACAGCCAUCUCCAGUGGCUUCUGGAUAAUUACGAGACAGCGGAGGGUGUGAGCCUGCCCCGCAGCUCCCUGUACAACCACUACCUACGCCACUGCCAGGAGCACAAGCUGGAGCCGGUCAAUGCUGCGUCCUUCGGCAAGCUCAUCCGCUCUGUGUUCAUGGGCCUGCGCACACGGCGCCUGGGGACCAGGGGCAACUCCAAGUACCAUUACUACGGGAUCCGCCUGAAGCCAGAUUCCCCACUGAACCGACUGCAGGAAGACACACAGUACAUGGCCAUGAGGCAGCAGCCCACACACCAGAAACCUAGGUAUCGGCCAGCCCAGAAGUCAGACAGCCUCGGGGAUGGCAGUGCUCACGGGAACAUGCAUGGCACACCUGAGCAGGCCAUGGCCAAUCAGGGCCAACAUCACCAGCAGUACAUAGAUGUGUCCCACGCCUUCCCAGAGUUCCCAGCACCUGACCUAGGCAGCACGCUACUGCAAGAGAAUGUCACCCUUCAUGACGUGAAGGCCCUGCAGCUGGUGUAUCGCAGGCACUGUGAGGCUACCUUAGAUGUCGUCAUGAACCUCCAGUUUCAGUACAUUGAGAAGCUGUGGUUGUCAUUCUGGAACUGCAAGGCCACCUCCAGCGAUGGCCGUGCCUCAUUGUCUGCCAGUGAUGAGGAGCCAGAAGUCACCCUCCUCCCCAAGGACAAGCUCAUCUCUCUGUGUAAGUGUGAGCCUGUCCUGCAGUGGAUGCGAAGCUGUGAUCACAUCCUGUACCAGGCGCUGGUGGAAACCCUUAUCCCAGAUGUGCUGCGGCCCGUCCCCAGUUCCCUUACCCAGGCCAUCAGGAACUUCGCCAAGAGCCUAGAGGGCUGGCUCAUCAAUGCCAUGAGCGGCUUCCCUCAGCAGGUCAUCCAGACCAAGGUGGGUGUCGUAAGUGCCUUCGCACAGACGUUGCGGCGCUACACGUCCCUCAACCACCUGGCACAGGCAGCACGUGCCGUGCUGCAGAACACAUCACAGAUUAACCAGAUGCUGAGUGACCUCAACCGUGUGGACUUUGCCAAUGUGCAGGAGCAGGCCUCAUGGGUGUGCCAGUGUGAGGAGAGCCUGGUGCAGCGUCUGGAGCAUGACUUCAAGGUCACCUUACAGCAGCAGAGCUCGCUGGACCAGUGGGCCAGCUGGCUGGACAAUGUAGUCACCCAGGUACUGAAGCAGCACGCAGGCAGCCCCAGCUUCCCCAAGGCUGCACGCCAGUUCCUGCUCAAGUGGUCCUUCUACAGCUCUAUGGUGAUCCGUGAUCUGACCCUGCGCAGUGCCGCCAGCUUCGGCUCCUUCCACCUUAUCCGGCUGCUGUAUGACGAGUACAUGUUCUACCUGGUGGAACACCGUGUGGCCCAGGCCACCGGGGAGACGCCCAUUGCCGUCAUGGGCGAGUUCAAUGAUCUGGCCUCCCUGUCGCUGACCCUGCUGGACAAAGAGGACAUUGGGGAUGGACACAGCAGUGAAGCAGAUGUGGAUGGUCGCAGCCUAGGUGAGCCCCUGGUGAAGCGGGAACGGAGUGACCCCAGCCACCCACUACAGGGCAUCUAGCCCCUUCCCUAGGCGUCUUCCACGUGCUUCCGGAAGGCGUCACCUGGCCAUCUAAAGACCUGGACUCUCAGCUGUAUCACACUAGUGCCUCUUCAAUGAUGCCAUGUUUACUGUGACCCAGAUUAGCCUGGGGUGCCCCACCCACAGGGUGCCAGAGACUGUGGGGAACUAAGAUGGCCACUCAAGCUGCCAUACUCUGCUAAGGUGCCCCUGACCCUGGACUGUCCCCCAGAGGACAGCCUCUGUGUCAACACCCUCCCCUGCUAUGUGUGUAAGUUGAGAGGCACAUCCCCAGAAAUGUCCCAGCCACCUUGGUGGCUUUUCCACUCAGCUGCUCCCAACUUAAACACCAUUUCAAAGAACCCCACUCUAGCAGAGCCCAGAGUGGGAGGAACCGUCCUGCUCUCAGGCCACUGUGUGGAGAUUCUGCUGCCAUCUGCAUGCACCUCAUGGUCUCUCGUGGACAGGCAAGGCCUCCAGGCACAUGACCUGGGUCAUAGAUGUUAACUGUAUCUCAUCUUGUCCUAGACAGGUCCAAGCCCCAAAAAGAUAACAGGCUCCAAGCAGGACCAGUCAAACCCAGAUACUCAGCCCAAUUAGACUUUCUGUCCAAUUCACAGUUGACACCAAGAUAACCUGGAGGGUCCUGGGAUGGGUUUCCCCAAGCAGCUGCAGGGGACAGCACCAUGUCCAUGCCUCCCAACAGGACUCCAAAACCUGUGCUCAUGGCAGUGCCUGGGCCUCUGCAGUCUUCCAGACACCUCUCCCAAACUAGCCAUGCUUGCUGCUGGCCUGUGGCCAACCCCUUCUCAACCCCAGAACGUGAGAUCUCUGUGGACAAAUAAACACCAAGGCCUAUUGGGCCCUGAGUUCUAGAGGCCCCAACAUAUCACACCUUGCUGCUGUCACCAUAUUGAGAAUUCUGCCCCAACACAAGCCCUGUCCUCCCACACCUAAAAAGCACCUAAUGAAAUACUAUAGUUUCUUUUUGGAAAAAAUGUUCCCCCCCAUAGUUUUGUGCUGUAAUUGUUCUUAGAAGGUUCUUGUGAAUGUGUCCAUCGCAAUAUACCUGGCGUCCACGUUUGUUCAUUCAGGCGGCA